CCUGCAUUGGGGUCUUGUCAUCGAAAUGUAAUUUUCAUCCGGCGUUUGGUUGCAUACAUGCAUAUGAUUACCAGCGUUAACAACAAAAAUUAAUGGCCAUCAGGUUGGGCUUGACAUUUUGUCAAAUACUUUGAGCGCGCCGGAGCUUCCAUUGCCCAUCGUGCCCACCACCAGCUCCCGUCGAUCGUGGACGCGCCCGACUCGCUGUCGUGGCCGUUGCCGUGCCCGGCUCGACGCUGUGGCCGUGGCCGCGCCCGGCUCGCCGCGGUCGUGGACGAGCUUGAGCUGACUCAGGCGGAAUCAAACACGCCUUCCGCUUGUAUGCGGGCAACCAUACAAAGUUAGCUCAGAAUCAAUCCAACCGGAACACCGAAGACCAACGAUGGAUGUCGCCGUGGUGAAGCAACUCAGGCGGAUCCGCAUGCUGGGCCGCGGCGCGUAUGGCACUGUUGUUUGGCUCGCGUCCGACAAGGCCUUCGGGAAGCUCCUGUCCGUCAAGUCCGCCGGUGGCGCAGCGCAGCUGGAGUGCGAUGGCAGCGUGCUCAGCGGGCUUUGCUCGCCGCACAUCAUCCCCUGCCUUUGCUCCCGCGCCGCGGAGAGCGGCAAGUACCAGCUCUUCCUCAAGGUCGCGCCCGGCGGCUCGCUCGCCGACGAGGCCGUCAGGAACGGAGGCUGCCUCCCGGAGUCCGCCAUCCGGGCCUACGCCGGGGAUGUGGCCAGGAGGCUGGAGUGCGGCGAGUACCAGCUCUUCCUCGACGGUCGCGCCAGGCUGACGGACUUCGGCUGCGCGAGGGCCGUGGACUCCCUGCUCCCGAUGGGCGGCACGCCGGCGUUCAUGGUGCCGGAGGUCGUGCGCGGCGAGGAGCAGGGGCCGGCGUCCGACAUCUGGCUCUCGGCUGCACCUGUCAUCGCCGUCGCCGCGGGCGCCGAUGGACGGGAUCGCAGUGGAGUAGAGGGAGAGAGAGGGAAUUGAGGAUUAGGGAGAGAGAGGGGGAUUAACUUGAGACACACAUCUCCAGAGAGCCACCCACGUGCGCCUCGAAGCAUCGCUCGGGCCUGACUCUCGGAAAACUGCCGAUUCGGCCGUUCCCAACGGGCCAGGCCCAGGGGUGCUUUAAGAACCGUGCUAUGCGGGCUCAAUAGUGUAUGCGGGGAACCAAUCAACUGAGGUCCGAAAAGAUGCUGCACCACACGAGCCUGGUUGGGCUCGAUGCAGGCAACCAAACUCGCCCUAGCUGAAUACAUCAUGACUCUUGUCUUCUUCCAGUUUUAGUGAUUUACUUGGCCAUGAUCGCGUUGCUGUGCCUGUUUGUUUUAUGUGACUUGCUCAUAUAUUU